CAACCGGCAUCUGGGGCUACGUCUUUUCCUGAAAAAGUUUACGACGAUCAACGAUGCGUUGGUGUUUAUUCGCGCUGUGGGUGUUCGGCGUGGCCACUGUGGUCACGGCUGCCGAGGAGCCUCAUCAUGACGCUGCGCCACAGACCGACAACGAAGUGGACUUAACAGAAGAUGACAAGAGAGCCUGGAGCAGCCUGCACAGUGGAUGGGCUAAACGCGCCUGGCAAGACAUGAGUUCGGCAUGGGGCAAGCGCGCAUGGCAGGACCUCAACUCAGCAUGGGGCAAGCGCGGAUGGCAGGACUUGAACUCAGCUUGGGGCAAACGCGCAUGGCAGGAUCUUAACUCGGCAUGGGGUAAAAGAGGCUGGCAAGAUCUGAACUCUGCAUGGGGCAAGCGCGAUGAUGAUGAGGCUAUGGAGAAAAAGAGUUGGCAAGAUUUGAACUCCGUUUGGGGGAAACGUGCCUGGCAAGAUCUGAACUCGGCCUGGGGCAAGCGCGCUUGGCAGGAUCUGAAUUCCGCCUGGGGAAAGCGAGGAUGGAACGAUAUUAGCUCUGUUUGGGGCAAACGUGCCUGGCAAGACUUGAACUCUGCUUGGGGCAAACGCGCUUGGCAGGAUAUGAGCUCUGCUUGGGGAAAACGGGCACCUGAGAAGUGGGCAGCAUUUCACGGUUCUUGGGGCAAGAGGUCCAGCAUCGAACCGGACUACGAAGAAAUUGAUGCCGUAGAACAGCUCGUUCCUUACCAGCAGGUUCCUAACGAAGAGCACAUCGAGGCUCCUGAGAAAAAGGCCUGGUCAGCCCUUCACGGAACCUGGGGCAAGAGACCGGUCAAACCUAUGUUCAACAAUGGCGCUUAUUAUUUGAAGAGGGAACCUAGCUGGACAAAUCUGAGGGGUGCUUGGGGGAAACGAUCGUCGAAGCCCGAGGACGCGCUGGAGGACGAACACAGCGCUACCACGAACGAGGCCUAAAAACGACGAAAACAUAAAAAUCUAAAUAAGAAUAAUUAAAAUAUUUAUAACCAUAUCUAUAUUAUGAUAACGCGUGUCUGUUAGUUUGUAUUCCACGGUAGUUCGCAUCGAAGGAUCUAUUGUUAAAUUGAAAAAACACUGUAUUUUUUUUCUUGAAAAUGGACUAUUUUUCUGAAAUUAUCAUUCGAUAAAUCACGAUCUGUUUUAUCUACCAAGUAC